CACUUAAAAUGUCACACACACCCAACUUUAACUAGCUAAAAUGGAGAUACUACUCCUAAACACCACCAUUGUUGCAAUCGUAUCUCUAAUUCUCUUAUGCUUGUUCCUCAUUCGUCGCUCCAAAAAUGUUCAUCCCAAAGAGCCCCCAACACUUCCCGGUGCUUGGCCGGUACUCGGUCACCUCCCUCUAUUGAGCGGUUCAGAAACCCCUCAUAAAACAUUGGGUGCCCUGGCCGACCAACACGGACCCAUAUUCACAAUCAAAUUGGGGUCCACACACGCUUUAGUAAUUAGCAACUCGGAAACCGCCAAGGAAUGCUACACCAAAAACGACAUUGUCGUUUCAUCUCGGCCCAAGCCGGUCGCGGUGGAGCUCAUGUCGUACAACCAAGCCUUCAUCGGUUGGGCACCGUACGGGUCCUAUUGGCGCGAAAUUCGAAAGGUUGUCACCACCGCAUUCCUCUCCAGCCGCCGCAUCGAGCAAAUGAGCCAAAUUCGCGUCUCCGAGAUUCGAACUUCGAUUCACGAGCUCGUUGAUGUUUGGUCCAAUAGCAAAAACAACGAGCCUCAAUCUGAGUAUGUUAUGGUGGAGCUGAAGCAGUGGUUUGCGCAGUUGACACUGAACAUGAUUCUCCGGUUGCUUGUUGGGGAGAGAUAUUUCGGUGCUACCGGUAGUGCGGCCGGUGAGGAGAAAGCGGAGAGGUGUUUGAGAAAUGUGAGGGAGUUCAUGCGGCUGAUGGGGACUUUCACGGUGGCUGAUGCAGUUCCGUGGCUGAGGUGGUUGGAUUUUGGGGGAUAUGAGAAGGCUAUGAAGAAAACUGCAGAGGAAUUUGAUAAAAUGUUGAGUGAAUGGUUAGCAGAGCAUCGCCAGAGGAGGGCUUUGGGUGAAAAGGGUGUUGAUGAUAGAGAUUUCAUGGAUGUGAUGCUCUCUGUGCUGAAAGAUAGAGAGAUUGAAGGAGUUGAUGCUGAUACCAUAUACAAAGCCACAACAUUGGAAUUGAUUUUGGGAGGAAGUGACACAACAGCAGGUACCAUUACAUGGGCAAUGAGUUUACUAUUGAGAAAUCCUCAUACAUUGGAAAAGGCAAAAGAAGAGCUUGACAUGCAAAUUGGGAAGGAAAAAUUGGUAACUGAGUCAGAUAUAAGUAAACUGGUGUAUCUUCAAGCCAUAGUUAAGGAGACACUGAGAUUGUAUCCACCAGCACCUUUCUCAUCACCACGUGAGUUCACAGAGGAUUGUACUUUAGGUGGCUACCAUGUGAAAAAAGGAACUAGACUAAUCCCAAACUUAUGGAAGAUCCACAGAGACCCUAGUGCUUGGGCAGAUCCAUUGGAAUUCAAACCUGAGAGGUUUCUCACAACUCAUAAAGGGGUUGAUGUCAGGGGUCAUCACUUUGACUUGAUACCAUUUGGAAGUGGGAGAAGGGUUUGUGCUGGAAUGUCACUUGGGCUAAACAUAGUUCAUUUCACUCUGGCUAAUUUCUUGCAUUCCUUUGAAAUACUCAAUCCAUCUUCUGAACCAAUUGAUAUGACUGAGAUCUCUGAAUUUACCACCACCAGAGCUACCCCACUUGAGAUUUUGGUGAAACCACGGUUGCCACACAACUGUUAUGAAACUAUGUGAUCCAUGUUAGGUCCUUAAUUAUUCUUGCUUACUGAACAGUAUGGUCCAUUUUAUAUCUUCUAUUCUUUAGUUUAUCUUUUAAAAGUGUACAAUAAAAGUCAUACUCAUGUGGUUUCUGUCAUCAAUCAAUGAAACGAUGAGGUAUUGUGCUGCUGUAAUAUGUUAUUUUCAUUUGGAAAACAUUUGUACCAUUAAUCAUUGUUCUUUUAA